CUUCAAGUAGGCUAAUACCUCAGUCAGUGUUAUUCAUUUGGUUACAGGCUGAGAGAAAGAAGAAUCAAAAUGAAGAAGUUAUUUGUGUUUGUCUUCAUUUUGGUCACCCUGACCAUUUUUACAGAUGCUUCACCUAUUUUGACUGAAAAAGAAGCUAAACAGAUUCUGAGAACUCGUCGUGAAGAUAGACCAAGAAAAGCUGGUUUCCCUGAUGAGCCAAUGAGGGAACACAUGCUUUACCUCCAACGCUUGGAGCAAAGAUCAGAAGAACAAUUCCUUGAGCACUGGUUAAAUCCACAUUGCUACCCACAUUGCAACAGGAAUGUAGUUCACCCCAUCUAAAGGAUCUCCCCAGGUGCAUUUAAGAAGAAACGGUCAGAACGAGGUUCAUCCAGCAUCUGCAAUGUAUUAACUGUAGAGCUAAAAGUAUUUGGAAUAUUGAGCAAUCUUAGUAUGUAGCAAGGCUUUUGUAAUCAUACAUAUUUCAAAUAAUUUAAUUGAAUCAUAUCACCAUAUAUUUUCAACCCAUGGGUAAGCUAAGGGUUUAUAUGCAUGAAUCUAGAGCUUCUCCCAAGAUUAUAGAAGUGGGGCAGAGCAAAUCACCAGCUUGUUUUAGAACAUGGUUAUUUUGGCUACUGUCUUAUAUAUUGAAGCAGAAGGAGGCUUUAAGAGAAAGGAAUGACACAGCUGGAAAAUAAAAGCAUGAUGUGGCUCCCACCCUUUGGGGUUUUGGAGGAAACCUUGAUUACAGAAUUUCUGCAGUUUUAAUAAUAUUGUAGUGAAGCAUAACAUUUAUGCAGCAUUAACCUUUUAUACUAAUUGCCUUGCAAAUUAUUUCACCUGUUAUAUCAUAAUAAAAGCUCAGAUCAA